AGUUAUACCCUGGGUGAAUUGGAUUAACUUACAUUUCCCUCUAAAGGAAUGAGAAGUGUUUUCAAGUAGACGUGUGCGAACUAGAAUCAGGAAAAAAAAAUGCCGCCGCUAACUACCUAUCUUGACUUGGUCAAAACCACUGAUAACUUCCCAUACAUCGACCUCCUCAAUGCUUCAUAUGGAGAGCCACCGGACUACGUAUUCUAUCAGCUCUUGUUACCGGAUGACCCUCGCCCACAUGGCUUCAUUAGCCCCUCCGUUGUUGCCAAGAUGCCUUGGACCUCGGCCUUCGAGGUAAGUCAACCGGACGCACGGCCUCGCACCGUAAGAGUCCUCGAUAUCUCAAAUGGAAAGGACACGGUCAGCGCCUGCAAUGCUGCAUUUGCAGAAGUUUUAAAGAAAGCUCAAGAUGCCGGGACAUUUGUAACGCUGAACCACCGGCGGGCCGACGAGGAUUUCCGGGUUAUUGGCGCCAAGUAUCCGGUGGUUCGGCUCCGACGGGCAGCAGCGGGGCUGUUUGGUAUAGCUUGCAGGGGUGCACAUAUGACGGUGUACACGCGAACUCCCGAGGGCAACAUCAAGAUAUGGGUGCCUCGACGGAGUUCCCACCUCAACACAUACCCAGGCAAGCUCGACUCAAGCGUAGCGGGGGGUGUUAAGGCGGAAGAGUCCCCUUUUGAAUGCAUUGUUCACGAAUCGGAUGAGGAAGCAUCCUUACCCGGAUCUCUGGUACAGGAACGCGCAAAGCCAUGUGGCACCAUUACGUACUUGUGCAUGAGCCAUGCAGGCUCAGGUAUGGAGGACGGGGUUGUGAGUACGAGUAUUCUCUACCUAUACGACAUGGAAGUAGACCAUACCGUCGUGCCCAAACCGCAUGACGACGAGGUCCAGGAGUUUAAUCUUUGGGAUGUACAGCAGGUCAAGGAAGCUCUGCUUCGUGGCGAGUUUAAGACCAACUGCGCUUCUGUCAUGAUCGACUUCUUCAUUCGGCAUGGGAUCAUCAACGACGAUAAUGAGCCAGAUUACCUGGAGAUUAUUACGAGGUUGCAUCGUCCUCUUCCCGUGCCGACAAGAUGAACCGAACCCUCGCAAACCUAGGCACUUCUACGUUACCGGCCCCUAACUUCCCGUUUAGGAGUUUUAUCUCCUGCCAAGUAUUCUCAUUAGUUUUCGUCAUUACGCCGUAGAUCAUGCCCGGAGAUUUCUCGAACUCUAUUGUUGCUUACACAUUUGACUUAUGUCUUUCAAUGUUGUUAUUACUACGUUAGUAGUACGUAAUAUCAACAACCUACUAUCUAUUCAAGGUUCAAACCGAAUAGAUGUCUAUCUUCAUUACAUACCUACCUAGGCAGUAGGUACUCAUUCCAUUAGCCUCCAAAUAGCAUAGACAUAGAAUAGAGAUGUGUACAUUUACUGGCAUGGAUUAAGCACGUGGCUUUCAUACGAAGUCCUUGUCGGUGUUCUUCUUGGUACAUACCUAUAAUGUAUCAUGAAAUGUUGAUGAUAGCUUCACUUAAAAGAAAGGCAAAGUACAGGGAUAUAUUUUACCUACAUGUCUAAGUAGUACUAAACAAAUAAGCUACUAGCCUAGCAUACAUGGGACCACACCGUACGACAGACCUAAAUUAAGCACCCACAUAUCUACA